CGAACUGACAUCAGCUCGAAUUUGACUGGCAUCCAUCUGGCCCUCCCCCUACCAAACCAAAGAUAAAUAAUAAGUUCUUUGCUCCUAUCCAGGCACAGCGCGCGUUCUGCUGAUGUAGGUGUAGCCUAACUAGGCCUAAGCCUUAGGCUUACACGUAUUUCGUUUUCUACAAAUAAUCACCAUCGCUGACCCUACGCUGCAAUUUUUUAGGUCACAGCCUAGGCCUAUUAAUUAGUAGUAGGCUCUAGUACAAAGUCGAUAUCCAGGCGUAGGCCUAGGGCCUAUGCUAGACAGUCCUGGGCCGAGGCCGCCGUAGAGUAGGCCUAAGCCUCCAAGGUGGAGGCCGGUUGGACCGCUGCUGCCUAGACCCGAGGUCGGUUAUCCUGAGUCAUUUCGUAGAGUUAUAGUUAUUCAGAGUUAUAAUUAUUUUGAGUCAAAUAAAAAAAUAAUAAUUUUCUCGCCGUUUAUUAGAAUGUGUGCAUUUAGGCCUAGACAUGCAGACGAAGAACUUGCAGUUUGUGGUAAAACAAAAGGUUUACUGUUAGGCUAAGCCUAGUGUAGGCCUAUGUUUCUAUUAUUAUUUAUAUUUUUAUAAACUCUCAGUUCUUUAAAAAAAUGCACAUCUCAAUCUUAUUAAGUAACACUGAACAGUGAGAUCCAUGUACAGUAUAAUAUUUUUAUAUGGUUCAACAUUUAUUGAUUAUUAUUUUUUUUAGGAAAUGUUUUCUAAUCAAAGUUUGAAACCAGGAACAAUGGUUGAGCUUGAAGAUGAGAAACCUCUUAUGUUACAAGUUUGCCAGCUGAACCAGCAUAUUGUCUGCAUUCUGUGUGCUGGUUACUUUGUAGAUGCUACCACAAUCACAGAAUGUCUUCACACAUUCUGUAAGAGUUGUAUUGUGAAGUAUUUGCAGACAUCAAAACAUUGUCCAAUGUGUAAUAUUAAAAUCCAUGAGACACAACCUCUGGUUAACCUUCGACCUGACCGUACUAUGCAGGACAUUGUGUUUACUUUGGUCCCACACCUUUGGAAAGAUGAGACUUUAAGAAAGAGGGAGUUCUAUAGAUCAAGAGGGAUUGGCAAGAUUCAGAGGAUAAAAGAAGUUGAAGUGAAGAAGCUACUGGCGCAUGAACAAAUACAUCAUCCUACUCAGGAUCAUCUGUUGUCAUUGUGCCUGGAGCAUAUCAGUGAACAUGGCAGCAAGAUUUCAUCCUUUCGUAAAAAAUAUGUGCGAUGUUCAGUGAGGACGUGUAUUUAUCAUCUGCAAAAAAUGUUGAGAAAGAUGCUUAACCUAGCAAGCGCAACUCAGAUAAAUAUACUAUGUAAGGGGCAGCAAUUAGGUCCACCAGAAACAACAAUGAAACAUGUUUGGUUAACACACUGGUUUCAAAAGCCUUCACCAAUGACUCUUCACUUCAAAACUGAGGUCAUUAAAAAACAUGGACAAAAUAACCCUGUUGUAGUAGAAGUUCCUGAACUACAUGCCAGGUGUCAUCCAUCAGUGGAAGCACUGAAUAUGGUUAAGAACACUCAAUGCAAACCACCAGUAGGAAAAUUCACUUUGGUUGAAAAGAUACACUGCCAACCACCAAAAGGAACACUCACAAUGGUUGAGAGCAUGCAGAACCAACCUCUAUUAAGAACUCACACCGUGGUUGAGAGCCGGCAAAGCCAACCGCUAUCAAGAACUCACACCAUGGUUGAAAGCAGGCAAUGCCAACCGCUAUCUAGAACUCACACUAUGGUUGAGAGCGUGCAAAGCCAACCGCUAUCAAGAACCCAAACCAUGGUUGAGAGCAUGCAAAGCCAACCUCUAUCAAGAACUCACACCAUGGUUGACAGCAUGCAAAGCCAACAGCUACCAAGAACUUACACCAUGGUUGAGAGCAUACAAAGCCAACUGCUACCAAGAACUCACACCAUGGUUGACAGCAUGCAAAGCCAACCGUUAUCAAGGACUCACACCGUGGUUGAGAACUCUCAACGCCACUGCCAACAGGACCACUAAGGGAGAACACUCAAUCAAAUUGAUUGCAGAAAAUCAGGUCAAUGUUGUGUUCAACAAAUCUAUAUGUUAGGUAUCCACAAAAAUGUUUAGCACAGUUGUCACACUUUGGUUUAAAGUGUUCUUACCAAUGGAAAGGCCUUAAAGUUGUUGAAACCAGUAAUACAGUAUUUAUAGGUGAUCUAAUAUCAAUAGGCCAGUAUUCUGAAAUCACAGUGCUGCACAUGACAAAACAAAAACGCAACCCAAAAUAUGUCAAUUUACAUCUUUGAUUGGAGAAACUUUGACAGUUCAAGUACCGCUACCCAAAAUAUGUCAAUUUGCAUCUUUGAUUGGAGGGACUUUGACAGUUCAAGUACUUGAUGAGGUUACAUAUUCGCUUUAAUUUAUAGUAUCAUUUAGCAGUGUGGUAUCAUGUGUGAUAUUCUUCUUUUGUGAAUGUUUGCAUUUGCUAAAGACACAAAAUUAAUCAGGAAGUACAAAAUUAACUUUUGGAUUUAUUAAUCUCAUGAACUUCAACAAGUAUGCUGCAAAAACCUUUUGAAUGACCUUAAUUGCUUGUGCAAUUAAUAGUUCUCUGUCUCAGUGGCUAUAGUCAAAGACUUUUUUAGGCUAAUGUGUAGUACACAGAGCAGUAGCAGAUAUGUGAGUGGGCAGGUUCCGUGGUCUACAGUACCUUAGUCAGUGCAUAAAGUGUUUGUUCAUGCUAUUUAGCAUAAUUUAACAAACAGUAAAAAUUAAAUCAACAGAAGUAUGGACCACCAUUACAAACAAAAGCUGACAAAAGCCUGGUUCUCAUGAGAGACCUAGUAUCCAGAUCGGGGGUUAACCAUUAGCGCUAACCGUUAGCACCUGAGAGAAUGACGGAUUGAUUAGUGCUAACCGUUAGCGGUAUCCGGAUACUGCUAACGGUUAGCAAGCGCUAUCGGUUAGCAAGUUGAGCGCGUUUCUAUCAACCAAUCACACGUACGCGUUUACAAUUCCAGUUUCUUAUUGGCCAGUGAUUCGAUCAUAAUAUUCUUGGUAUCCGGAUCGGGAUCUUCUCGUAUGGACGCACAGCAGCUAACGGUUAACCGUUAGAACAUAGCCUAAGGAGGGAGACUUAUGAGACACACAACACAAUUCAAGAAUUUCUCCAAGGGAUUGCUGAUAAAGAAAAAAAUAUGCCUUUUUCGCACUUGGUUUAUUUGUUCUGCCUGCUGUUUGGAGCGACCCUUUUGCCACCCCCUGGAUCUGCCACUGCAGAGACAUGGUAGGCUAUAAUAGACUGACGUGUUAUUGUUAUUUUUUUAUUAUUGAAAGAGUUAGGAUUUCUUAAGAAUCACUCUUAGACCUAAAUUUGAUUACAAUUUUCCUCUUUUCUUCUUUUUUAAAAAUAUUUAAAAUGGGGGGGGGGGUGGGGGGAGAGGAGGGCACUCUGGUGCUUGCUCGCCCGCCCUUUGAUGUAUUUCUUAGGCCUACUUUGCAAUAAUUGUAUUUUCUAUCUAAAAUGUUCUGUUUCACAUAUUGUUGACAGAAAAUAAUACAAAAAUAUAUAUCGUAUAUAAUUUCCAAUAAAUUAAUUUUGCCCGUAAAC